AUAAUCUUUUCUCAAUGUUUCUUUUUACAGUAUUUCCAAGUUUGAUGAACGAUGUUGUUUUCUUUAUGUGCAUGAUAACUCUGAUGAUUUUCAAAUCUACUUUUCUACAGAAAACCAGUGUAGUAGAUUCUGUGGGUUGGUGAAAGAAAUUUUGUCUGAUGCAGUUGGCAGUACUUUGGAGCUAGAAGGAGAAAUAGAUGGAGAAACAUUGGAGUACGAAUAUGAUUAUGAUGAGAAGGGUGACAGAGUAGUUCUAGGAAAAGGUACUUAUGGGAUAGUGUAUGCUGGAAGAGACCUUAGCAACCAGGUGCGAAUAGCCAUCAAAGAAAUACCUGAGAGAGACAGCAGGUAAGAGCAAGCUUAUUGUUGUGUGUACGUACUGAUGAGAGAACUGCAGUUGUUUGAUGAAAACUUGGCUCUUUUCAGCAAGUAUUUCUAUGUGGUUGGUUUAUAAUGUCCCAGUACACUCACAUUCAGUUAUUGUUUCCUCUUAGUAUUCCUCAGCAGCCUUUGGAGAAUGAGGACUUUUAAUUAUUUGGGAAUGUGUAUGCCUAUGUAUUUACGUGUAUAUGUGUAUAUAUAUGUGUAUGUAUAAACUUUAUAAAAAUGAUACCAUUUGACAAUAUAUCUAUCUUAAAUCCUAGAAAAAGUAAUUUGUUUUUAAAGUUGCAGUUGUACCUCAUCUAUAUUCCUUUGAAGGAGGAGAGAAAGGAUAAAAGGAGUUUUCAAAGUGAAGGUACUACGCAGAACAAAGCAGAUGUGUAAAUGUGUAAAUAUGUUAUUUGAGGGCAUGUUUCUCCUCCUCAGUACUUCUGAGAUCUACCUUUGCUUUUUCCCAGCAGGCAGCCAGUCACUCUCCAUUUUGAAAGUCACGGGCAAGAUGUUUACUGAGAGUUGGAUCAAUAUCACUAUAAUCCAUUCUGUUUGCAAAAUAUCAUUUAAACAUAGCCUAAAGCCUUUUCCCCCACCAUGCGCUGCUCCUUGGUUUUUUGUGUGUUUUGUUUUUAAUAGAUAUUCUCAGCCUCUUCAUGAAGAGAUAGCACUGCAUAAAUAUUUAAAGCAUCGGAAUGUUGUCCAAUAUCUUGGAUCCAUUUCAGAGGAUGGAUACAUUAAGAUUUUUAUGGAGCAGGUGCCAGGAGGCAGCCUCUCAGCUCUCCUGAGGUCUAAGUGGGGUCCAAUGAAAGAACCCACAAUUAAAUUUUACACCAAGCAGAUUCUGGAAGGCCUUAAGUAUCUCCAUGAGAACCAGAUUGUACACAGAGAUAUAAAGGGGGAUAAUGUGUUGGUGAACACCUAUAGUGGCGUCGUGAAGAUAUCUGAUUUUGGUACUUCCAAAAGGCUGGCAGGAAUCAAUCCGUGUGCUGAAACGUUUACGGGCACGUUGCAGUACAUGGCUCCAGAAAUCAUUGACAAGGGACCACGAGGAUAUGGUGCACCAGCUGAUAUCUGGUCGCUAGGCUGUACCAUGAUUGAAAUGGCAACAGGCAAGCCUCCAUUUCAUGAGCUAGGAGAGCCUCAAGCAGCAAUGUUUAAAGUUGGGAUGUUUAAGAUUCAUCCUGAAAUUCCAGAAUCGCUGUCUGCUGAAGCAAAAGCCUUUAUUUUGCUCUGUUUUGAACCUGAUCCUUGUAAGCGUGCUACAGCAUCUGAUUUGCUCAGAGAUUCUUUCCUGAAACAAGUCAACAAGGGCAAGAAAAGCAGAAUCGCAUUCAAGCCUUCAGAUUACAAUCGGAACACAUCCCUCCCACUGUCAAUCCACGGAGAACAGGCUGGCAGCAGCAGCAGUGAGCAUGGCUCUGUUUCUCCAGACUCCGAUGUACAGCAUGACGUGUUUUUCGAAAGGCCGAAGAGAUCCAUUUCAGAGAUUCAGACAAGGCAUCCCAUUGCCCAUUUAUUGAGCGUGCCUGAUGAGAGUCUGGCCCUGGAAGACAGAAGUUUCUCUCCUUCCAGUGAGGAUAAGGAUUCUGGUUUGUUCCUGCUACGGAAGGACAGCGAACGCCGGGCAAUUCUAUAUAAAAUUCUCAAGGAAGAACAGAAUAAAGUUGCUUCAAAUUUGCAGGACUGUAUUGCACAGGUAAUUUCAUUUCAGCUCUUCUUUUCCUGCUUCAAAAGGAAAAUGACAAGCCAAGUAGCCAGCAUCACUCCUUUCCUGAAAACUAAUAAAUGAAGAUGCCAAUAGCGG